CUUCAAUGCUCAGCUUUCCUUCCUUCGGCUCUCCAAGAAGACGAAGAAGUCCGUCGCUGACUUAACGAGGCCUCAGGGCCGGGCCGAAGCGAGCGAAGCGAGACGAGGCGAGAGCUGCGAGACCCGGUUUGUCUCAGAGAGAGAGACCCAGAGUCUGAAGCUGAUUGAACGAACUCUUGACACACACUGCACUGCAUUGCUUUGCUUUGCUGUGAUCGUGGAUAGAUCGAUUGAUACGGGUCGCUUUCAAUCGCUGAUGCUGUUAAUCCCCUCUUUAUCUGCGCUGUGUUGUUGUUUCUUAGCUGUAGAGGGGCGGAGGCUCUGUCAGGUCGUCCUCGUUCGCUGCGGUUCUGGAUUUUGAAGUGAGCGAACCCGCUUCUUUCUAAAUUGCAUCUCAGGAUCGACGCCUGUGUCAUCGUUCGAUUCCACCAUGGACCGCAAUUUUCGCAAGGGUGCCGGAGUAGCCAGACGAGACAGAAACAAAGGUCGCACACAAGGCUUGACAGACGAGCAGAAAAACGAGAUUCGCGAGGCUUUUGACCUCUUUGACACAGAUGGCUCAGGUACAAUUGAUGCCAAGGAACUCAAGGUUGCAAUGAGGGCUCUUGGUUUUGAACCCAAGAAGGAGGAAAUUAAGAAAAUGAUCGCAGAUAUCGAUAAAGAUGGCAGUGGGACUAUCGAUUUCGAAGAGUUUUUACAGAUGAUGACAGCCAAAAUGGGUGAACGAGAUUCUAAGGAAGAAAUAAUGAAGGCGUUCCGGUUGUUUGAUGAUGAUGAGACUGGCAAAAUUUCCUUCAAAAACCUCAAACGCGUAGCUAAAGAGCUUGGGGAAAAUAUGACAGACGAGGAAUUACAGGAAAUGAUAGACGAAGCAGAUCGAGAUGGUGAUGGCGAGAUCAACGAGGAUGAAUUCUACAGAAUCAUGAAAAAGACAAGCCUCUUUUGAGCAGGAUGGACUUUACACACGACGGCGUUUGUAUAAAACUUAGUUUUGCUGCAAGUUAUACAUUCUAGAAACAAGGAAUAGUGAGAAAAACACACGAUACUUCUUAGGGCUAUACACCGAAACAUUAAGAUAUAAGAAUCUUUCAUAUGUAAAUAGCUCUAGGCGUUUUCAGUGGCAGCCUGGAUAGCCAGUAUCAUGCGGAGACACGUCCUCCUUGCUUUUACCGUUUGUACAUCAAGUUUUCUUGAUCUGUGAUGUGUAUGUCUGCUAUACAGGAUCCUAUUAUUGGUGGUUAGUUUGAAGUUUGUAGGUUUUCAUCUGCUAAAGGUGAUUUUGCAAUCGCUGCGCUGUACUCUACAUUCCUGAAGGAACACAUCUCUUUUACGGUAUGCUGUUUGGCUAGGAAAUUACCUAAAGUAACUGGGUUUUGACAAAAACUACUGAUCUUUAAAAGUAAAAAAUUGCUAC